AUCGCAAAAUAAAACCAUUAUGCUAGGAAUAAACGCACAACGUGCGAAAUACCUAGAAAAUGCACUCGAAGUGUAUACGAAAUUGAAUACAGGGGUACUGCCAAUAGACACAUUCCUGAAGUACUACUUCAAAGUUAACCGUAUAGCACCAGGAAGCCGAGCGUGGAUCGCAGAACACGUAUACGAAGUACAAAGAUGGAAAGGAUUAAUAGCACAUCUCAGCCCAAAACCAGUUACAUGGACAGGAAUACUCAAUACAUACCUACUGCAUCCCAGAUGGAGAUAUAUGACAGGACAUAAGGGACUGCCAGAAUAUCUCAGAUGCUCAUUUCCAGAACCACUGUUCGACAGAAUCGCAAGACAAUAUGGAAAUGAUAAAGCAUUGGAAAUAUGCCAAGUACUAAAUGAAGAACCUGUGACAUACCUCAGAGUCAACACACUAAGGACCUCAAGAGAUAAAGCAUAUAGAGCACUGCUACACAAAGGAGUACCCGUAGAAAAAUGCGCCGACUCGCCCUGCGGAUUAUUGGUAACCAGUAAAAGAGCACUGCUGGAAUCACCCGAAUACCACAAGGGAAUAGUAGAAAUACAAGAUUUGUCAAGCCAAAUAUGCGGAUUGAAAGUAGAAACACAACCAGGGGAACACGUACUGGAUUACUGUGCUGGAUCAGGAGGUAAAGCACUAGUAUUCGGACCCAAAAUGGAAAAUAAAGGAAGAAUUUAUCUACACGACGUAAAUGAAAACUUGCUAAACAAGGCUAAACGAAGAUUAAAACGUGCCGGUAUACGUAAUUACAUGAUACUUGAUCCAAAUAUAGCGAAGAUGACAGCGUACUACGGUAAAAUGGAUUGGGUUGUGGUAGACGUGCCCUGCAGCGGUAUAGGAGCAUAUCGAAGAAAUCCAGAUAGAAAGUGGACGUUCCGCAUAGAUGACAUAUCAAAUUACACAGCUACACAAAGAACUAUAGUGGACAACGCACUGCUGUUCCUUAAACCAACAGGGAAGCUAGUGUAUAUAACAUGUAGCAUAUUCGAAGAAGAAAAUGAACUACAGAUGAACUACAUGUGCAAAAAACAUGGACUGAUGCACGCACAACCUCCCACCAUGCAACUGCCACAGUCAAGAGGAAUGAACGGAUAUUACAUCGCAAUACUACAAAGAGAAACUAUAUAGAUA